AUGCGACAACUUCUAGGCGAGAACACCCUGGAGGACAACAUUCUCAAGCAACUGUUUUUGCAACGUCUUCCCACGACAAUCCAAGGGAUUCUUGCCUCCACAUCAACUGCGGUGAACAUCGAACAGCUGGCCGAUAUCGACGACAAAAUCGUCGAGGUAUCGGUACCAACAGUGUCUACAGUGAACACUCAUGCCGCUGCAGUUUCCAGCCCUGAACCUGCCCAUACGGUCGCGAACUUCCAGACCCUCGAGACAAGGAUCAACCAGCUUACUGAGCAAGUCCAAGCUCUCACUGGCCAACUAAGCCGUCAAACACGACAACGGUCACGUAGCCGAGAUACCUCCAAUCACAACCGCCAGUCUCGCAGUCGCAGCCCUUCUCGUGACCCAACCGACUGCUGGUACCAUUGGCGCUAUGGAUCAAAGGCACGGAAGUGUGUUCAACCGUGUUCCUUCAAGACCAACCCCAACCCCCAGGGAAACGCGGAGGCCGGCAACUAG